AUGCCGCGCUUGUGCUCGUGGCUCGUAGCGCUCGCGCUGGUGCCGCGCGUCGCUGCGUUCCAGACGUUGCACAGAAGACCGCUGCGGCGCGGCGCUGCCAUCGCUGCGGUCGACAAGCCCAUCGCUGCGGUCGACGAGGCAUUGCCGGGCGACUACCAGCGAGGCCUCAUCACCAUCGGCAGCAUCACCGUCGUCUUCGCGUCGAACUCGCCGGUGCUCCACGCCGCCGCCACGGGCGCGGCCGCGCCGCCGGUCCUGCUCCUCAACGCGUGCUGCGCGGCGCUCGCGCUCGCGGGCCUGCUCGGCGCCGGCCCGCUGCUCGCGCCGCUCGCGCCGACGCGGGCCGCGGCCGCCGCCGACGCGGGCCGCGCCGACGAGGCGCUCGCGCUCCGCGGCGGCGUCGAGUUGGGUCUGUGGAAGUUCCUCGGCGCGACGGCGAAUCUCUACGGCCUCUCGCUGACGUCCGCGGACCACGGCGCGUUCCUCAUCCAGCUCACCACGCUCAUCGUGCCGCUGGCGCAGGGCGCGCGCGGCGUGCCCAUCCCGCGGAGGAUCUGGCUCGCCGUCGCGGCGGCGCUCGCCGGCGUCUUGCUGUUCACCCGCGACCCGGCGGCGGCCGCGACGGCCGCGUCGGACGCCGGCGACGCGCUCUGCGUGCUCGCCGCGGUCUUCUACGCGACCUACGACCUGCGGCUCUUCGAGUGGGGCAAGGUCGUCGCGCCCGUGGACCUCAUCACGACGAAGAUCGCGACGCAGGCCGCGCUGUCCGUCGGCGCGGCCGCGGCGUUCUACGUCGACUACGCGCCGCAGCUCGGCGCCUUCGCCGCCGCGGCGACGCCCGAGAGCCUCGCGCUGCUCGCGGCCGCCGCCGCGUGGUCCGGCCUCGCGGUGAACGCGUUCGCGUCCAUCCUCCAGGUGAGCGGGCAGCAGGCCGUCGGGCCCGCGCGGGCGCAGGUCGUCUACGCGUCCCAGCCCCUCUGGGCGGCGCUCCUGUCGCUCGUCUUCCUCGGCGAGACCGUCGGCACCGAGGGCGCGAUCGGCGGCGCGCUCUUCAUCUUCGCCGUCUUCCUCGCGGCGACGGCGCCGGACCCGGACCCGAACUGCGCCGCCGACGAGUGCGAAACACCGGCCUUCGCCAACGCGCUCACGGCCAUCGUGACGACGCACGAGGCGCGCGUGGAGCGCUGCGGCCUCGCGAACGCCACGGUAGACCGCGUCGACGCGGGCACGGAGCUCUUCGAGGUCGCGCACGAGCCGCUCGUCUGGGUCCGGGACCGGCCGUCGACGGACAGCGACAAGAUCAACUUCAAGUGGCGCGGCGAGCGCGUGCGCGUCGUGCCCGGCGUGCGCGAGCGCGGCUGGCUCAAGCUCGCCGACGGCAGCGGCUGGCUCCUCGAGGACGGCCGCGCGCUCGGCUUCGGCCGGCUCCUCCGCCGCGUCGCGGCGACGGCGCCGCGCGCGGCGGUGAGCGCCAACGACGCGCUGAAGCGCACGGUCUACGAGCUCUUCGACUCGCCGCCGUGCCGCGCGCCGACGCUCGCCGCGUGCGACGCCAGCGAGCCCGCGAUCGCGCGGGGCCUCGCGCUCGUGCGCCGGAGCCUCGCGAGCGCCGGGCUCGGCGGGCCCUUCCUCGAGCGGCCCGAGGCCUGGACGGGCACCGUGGACGUCCUCGAGCGCGCGGACCAGUGGCGCUUCGAGGACUACGUCGAGAAGAACGCGCCCGUGCUCCUCCGCGGCGCGCUCGCGGACUGGGCGCCCGUCAAGAAGUGGACGGACGCGUACGUGCGUAAAAAGUGCGGCGGCGCGCGGCCCAUCUCCGUGCGCCGCGCGACGACCGCGGACGUGACCAAACGCGACGGCAAGACCCUCUUCGGCCGCCCGGACAAGGCGAACCUCUACGACGACCACAAGGUCGCGCUCGCCGACUACCUCGACGACGACCCGGACCGGCCGUACUACGCGGCGCGCGUCGACGUCGGCCGCGAGCUGCCCGAGCUCCUCAAGGACUUGGACGCGGCGGGCCCGCCGGGGGGGCUCCAGAGCGCCUUCGGGCCGCCGAUGCCGUCGAACCCGAUCCUCUACUUCGGCCGCGGCUCCGACCCGCGCGGCGAGCUCGACGGGCUGAUGCUUGGACGCGGCGUGUUCGCUCGCGACAACGCGACGCCGACGCACUUCGACCCCGACGAGAACCUCUUCUGCAUGGUCGACGGCGCCAAGGUCGUCACGCUCCACCACCCGGGGGACGGCGACUGCCUCUACCCCUCGGGGGACCGCAACGCCAAGUCCGUCUUCUCCCUCGUGGACCCGCGGCUCGACGGCGCCGAGAUCGCGGCGCGGUUCCCGAAGACCGCGGGCGCGCGGCCCCUCGAGGUCACGGUGCGCAAGGGCGACAUGCUCUACAUCCCCCUGGGCUGGUGGCACUUCAUCCGCGCGCUGCCGGGGCGGAACAUGUCCAUCAACUACUGGUACCGCCUCAGCGCCGCGAAGACGUCGAGCGACGGGCUCCUCCGCGAGUUCGAGCGCCUCUACGUCGCGAAGCGGCCGCCGCGCAAGUCCCAGCGGCCGCCGGCGUUCGCGCUCAUGGCGUUGGCCACGUGGAAGCCCGGCGGCACGGACUUGGAGAAGAUGGCCGCGGCGAAGAGGCGCGCGAAGUCGCCGUUGGAGAGCCACAUGCCGCGGAACCAGGCGUCGUCCGUCGCGUCGCCGGCGACGGCGCCGCGCGCGGACUCGGUCUGGAACUCGGGCGGGCAGCCCGACGCGCAGAGCGUGGCCGGCGCGUUCGCCCCGGGCUGGCACCAGCCGAUGCGCAGCGCGACGAAGGACGCCUUCGGGCGCGUCGGCGCCAGGGCCCGCGCGAGCUCCUCCAUCGCGAGCUUCGCGGCUCCGUGUCCAGGAGGAUCGCGCGCGAUGUUCCGCGGCCUCGUCUUCUCGGCCUUGCUCGUGACGAGCGCCUUCGCGGGCUCCGUGCUCUACCUCCUCCCCUGCGCCGUCGUGCUGCUCCCCUUGGGCGCCGUGGACACGUUCCGGUCCUGCGUCCAGCUCUGCCGGUGGUGGUGGUUCAGCUUCGCCGGCGCGUGCGUCGAGUACGUCGGCGGGACGCGCUACGAGCUCACGGGCGACGACGUGCCGCGGAGCUUCGGCGACGACCGGUGCGUCCUCGUCGUGAGCAACCACCACUGCCGCCUCGACUGGCUCUUCCUCUGGCCCGUGGCGUGCCGCCACGGCCGCGCGGGCGCGCUCCACGUCAUGCUCAAGGACUCGCUGAAGCACGUGCCGCUCUUCGGCUGGGCCAUGCAGGCCUUUGGGUUCUCGUUCCUCGGGCGCGUCGACCGCGCGUCCGACGUCGCGACGAUCCGCGAGCGGCUCCGGGCCGCGCAGACCGCGGGGCCCGCGUACGCGCUGCUCUUUCCCGAGGGCACGGACCUGUCCCCGUCGAACCUGAAGAAGGCCCGGGCCUACGGGCUCACGCUGGACCCGCCGCGGCGCUGGAACCACGUCCUCGUGCCCAAGGGCGCGGGGUUGGCCGCGGCCAUCGAGGCCCUGGGCGACGACUUGGACGCGAUCUACGACGUCACGAUCCGCUACGACACCACGUCGGGCGAGCGGCCCGACGAGAAGGCCAUGUGCCUGCGCGGCGUCUUCCCGCGCAAGGUCCGCGUCCACGUCGCGCGCGAGCCGCGCGACAAGCUGCCGCGCGCGAUGCGCGUCGGCGACCCCGCGGCGACGAAGCUCUGGUUGCUGGAGAAGUGGGCCCUCAAGGAGGCGGCCGUGGAGAGCCGCGGCGAGGAGCUCAAGCCCAAGGUGUCGGACCCGGACGGCACGGGCAAGAGCUUCUACCACUUCGUCCUGGGCUCCGGCGUCGCGUACGCGACGGCCAAGGGCCUCUGGGCGAGCGGCGGCCUCCGCGCGGCCGCCGCCGCGUCCUGCGUCGCCUGGUCGGGGCUGGCGCUCUUCGGCGGCCUCGACGACGUCGAGAUGGCCAUCGCGAAGAAGAAGCGCGCCGAGAAGUAA